AGCCGGUGGCAGUGAAAUGGAACGUCACGGUUAAUCAGGCACCGUUGUAAACCGUUCAACCUAGAGCGAGGUCAAACCUAGUCAUUCUCAUCGCGACCGCCGAGGUGUGCGCAUCUACUCGUCAAGCAAUGACAGAAUACGCCACAAAAGGAGUGGCGAAAAUAAGGUUCGAAGCAAUCUACUGUUACCGUCAACAUGCGUUAUAUUGUUGCAGUAUGAAGUUCUUCACAUUGAGUACGAGGUAGCGCUCGUUCUCAAGACACAAAUUUAACAUUGAAUGAUAAAUCUAUUCUAUACUUCGUCUGUGGUUAGGAUUUUGCAGUGAAAAUGUGUUUUAUUUAUGCAUAUAUACCAUAUGUUGUAAUUUUAUAGAAGCAAAUUAUGGUAUUCUGAUUUCUUUUUUCCUGAAAAAGUAUAUACAUACUACAUAUUAUGAUUAAGUUUAUAUAUUAUUUCAUUACCCAGUAUAAAUAUAAUAUAAAGUGAAAAAAGAGAAGCGACAAAUAUAUUGAUACAUAUAAUUACUAUGGAUCAAUAGUAAAAAAAUAAAGAUAAAAGUUUGCAUUUGAUGUAUAGUUAAAUUAAAACUUUUUAAAUGUAUAUUUAAAGCAAUAAUAUUAUAAGUAUAUAAUGAAAGCAUUUCCUCAAACCAUUGCAAAAAUUUGCCCAUUUAUUACUCUAUUAUAUAGCGUAACUAAUGUCAUUCUAACAAUAUAUAUUAAUGAAAAAAUUACUCCAGUUUUCAUAUUUUUUUGUAUCCAAGUAUAUUUAAAUUGGUAUUCUGUGUAUACCAUAAGCCAUAAUGCAACAACUAUGGAAGUUAAAGCAAUGGGAAAGAAAUUUUUAAUACAUAAUAGAACAGAUAAUAGUACAGAAUAUAAAUAUUGGUACUGCGAAAAAUGUGCUACUUAUACAUGUAAACCAACGCAGCAUUGCAUCUUUUGUAAAAAAUGUUUUCAUUUUAGAGAUCAUCAUUGUUUUUUUUUAGGUGCUUGCAUAUUAAGACAAAAUAUAGGUAAUUUUAUCUUAUUUUGUUUUUAUACAUCAUUAACAUGCAUAUAUUCAUUAUGUACUCUUGGGCCAUAUCUAUAUGAAAAUAUUAAUCGUGUAAUAAGAACAGACACAGAUUCAUUCAAUAUAUUUCUGAACUUCUGUUUUCCUAUCGCUCUUGUUAGAUUAUUACAUUUUAAAGAAAACACAUAUAUAUUGCUGGUUACUAUGUUCGAUGUACUAGUUUCCAUUUUAUGUAUUUGUUUGGUGUAUGCAACUUGGAAGCUGCACAGUUGUAUGACCGGUAAACAACGAUAUGCAAACAUAUCAGGCAGACAAAGUUUGAAAGAAAUUUUCGGAAGUUACGGUCUUUCAAACAUUAUUUUUCCAUAUAAUGGGCUUAUAGGCACUAGAGAUCUUAAUGGAAAAUAUGAAUUGAAACAAGUAUAAAUGCAUGUAAUUAUAAACAUAAAUCAGUAAAUUAAUAUACCAUAUAAAACAUGUUUAUACAUUUUUAUACAUGUAUGUACAUAUAUAAGAUAAAAUACAUAUUUCUUAAUCAUUAUAAAUUGUAUUAUAAUAAAUAUCACACAUAUUUAAUACAGUUACACAUCAAUCUUCAUACAUCAUACUACACUCUUUAUAUAAAUUUUUACAAAUACAUUUAAACAAUUGCAAUAUAUUAUGGCGUAUAAAAUAAUUU